CAUCGCUCCCCGCUCGCUCGGCUGCUGCAGUCGCUCCCUCUCCUCUCUCUCACUCGCGCUCUCUCUCGCUCUCCCUCAAGUUUCCCAUCUCCUCAGAUCUGGGCAAAGGGAGGAAAACACCCGAUGCUGCCUGCUGUUUCAGAGCGGCGAUGAAGAUGAAAUUAAACACUUACAACAUGCAGUUGAUUCUUCUUGUUUUCUUGGUGUGGGACCCAGCCAGGUUGGUGCUGGCUAACAUCCAAGAAGAUGAGGCUAAAAAUAACAUUACCAUCUUUACAAGAAUUCUAGACAGACUUCUGGAUGGGUACGAUAAUCGACUUAGACCAGGACUGGGAGACAGUAUUACUGAAGUCUUCACUAACAUCUACGUGACCAGUUUUGGCCCUGUCUCAGAUACAGAUAUGGAAUAUACAAUUGAUGUUUUCUUUCGACAAAAAUGGAAAGAUGAACGGUUAAAAUUUAAAGGUCCAAUGAACAUUCUUCGACUUAACAAUUUAAUGGCUAGCAAAAUCUGGACUCCUGAUACCUUCUUUCAUAACGGGAAAAAAUCAGUAGCUCAUAAUAUGACAAUGCCGAAUAAGCUUCUUCGAAUCCAGGAUGAUGGGACUCUGUUGUACACAAUGAGGCUUACGGUUCAAGCUGAAUGUCCAAUGCACUUGGAGGAUUUUCCUAUGGAUGCUCAUUCAUGUCCUCUGAAAUUUGGCAGCUACGCGUAUACAACCUCAGAGGUCACUUAUAUCUGGACUUACAAUGCAUCUGAUUCAGUACAAGUUGCUCCUGAUGGCUCCAGAUUAAAUCAGUAUGAUCUGCUGGGCCAGUCAAUUGGGAAAGAGACAAUUAAAUCCAGUACAGGUGAAUAUACCGUAAUGACAGCUCAUUUCCACUUGAAAAGAAAAAUUGGGUAUUUUGUGAUUCAGACAUAUCUGCCUUGCAUCAUGACUGUCAUUCUCUCCCAAGUGUCAUUCUGGCUUAACAGAGAAUCUGUGCCUGCUAGAACUGUGUUCGGAGUAACAACCGUUCUAACAAUGACAACUCUAAGCAUCAGUGCUCGGAACUCCCUCCCCAAAGUGGCUUAUGCAACCGCAAUGGAUUGGUUUAUUGCCGUUUGUUACGCAUUUGUGUUCUCUGCCCUAAUUGAAUUUGCAACUGUUAACUACUUCACCAAAAGAGGAUGGGCUUGGGAUGGGAAGAGUGUAGUCAAUGACAAGAAAAAAGAAAAAGCCUCUGUCAUGAUACAGAACAAUGCUUAUGCGGUGGCUGUUGCCAAUUAUGCCCCGAAUCUUUCAAAAGACCCAGUUCUCUCCACCAUCUCCAAGAGUGCAACCACCCCAGAACCCAACAAGAAGCCGGAAAACAAGCCAGCAGAAGCCAAGAAAACCUUCAACAGUGUUAGCAAAAUUGACAGAAUGUCUAGAAUAGUUUUCCCAGUUUUGUUUGGUACAUUUAAUUUAGUUUACUGGGCUACAUAUUUAAACAGAGAACCUGUAUUAGGGGUCAGUCCUUGAAUCUAGACAUGGGUUAUCUUUGGGAUGUAUAGGAACAUAAACUUUGUUUGUUUUGCUAUGUACAGUCUGACUAAUAACUGCUAAUUUGUGAACCAACAUGUACAGUGUGUAUAUAGCUAUAUAGCUUACCAGUAGACCUCUAAUGGAGACACGCAUUUGCUAACUUGUGGAACUACAGGCAGAAAGCACCCCAUGCCCAAAGAGCUAUUGCCUUUUUUAAAGAUUUACCCUAGGAACUCGUUUAAAGUGGAUUUCACAUGACCUAAUUUAUUUCCUACUGUUCUAAUUGUGAUGAAAAUGGGGAUCCUCUACCACACUUUCUGAACUCUUCUGAUUUAAGUCUUACAUGGGACUAUUUUGUACUGUUGCCUAACUAUAACAUAAAAUAAUGUCAUCAUUCCAAGAUGAACUCUUCUAAAUCAUAGAACGUUGUAUCUGCCACAUCAGUUCCCUUCCUGAGUGCUCAGAAUCCCUGCUAGUGUAAUUGGAAGCUUUAGCACACAUCAGAAGAAAAACUAGAGAUCUGAAAUCAGCUUUUAAUUACUCUGUAUAGCAUCUAUAGCACAUAUAACAGCAUGACAAGCUCAAAUAGUUACGAGUCACUCUUGACAGAAUGCUAAUUAUGCCUAGAAUUUAAUAACUAUCAGAAUGUCACGGCCAUUACAUUUUAGCAUCAGAGUUUAUUUGAAAGUAACAUUGAAAUCCUACAGAUUACUUUCAUCAUUGGAAACUACCUUAAAUAAAAACAUAAAAUAAAAAAGACAAAUGUGUCUUACUCUCUCCAGGUAUGUGUUGUAUUGAAAUCGAUCAGCUAAAUUUUCUUGGUGCUGGAGACUGGGAAAACCGUCCAGUUUGGCUGCUGUGGAACAACAUUCAUACUGGAUUAGAAACUUGUGCCAAAAACUCCCCCUGAUGAGAAUUCAUAGGUGUCACGGUAUCAAGAUGAGCACUUAUAUGAUUCUCUUCUUUCCUGUUUACUGCAAAUUUUGCCUUAAGGCUUCUUUUCAUCAGGACACAGAAGCCACUAAUUACAAAGGAAAGGGCAGUUAAUUGGCACAUUUUUCUGUCUUGAAGCAGUGCUUUCAGAUAAGAAUUAUGUAAAUCUGCUUUUGUAAAUCGCAACUUUAAAUUUCAUGGACUCAAAUUUACAAUAGCUUUGUAUACCAGAAGAGGUUUUGGUAAGAGUUGAACAUUUUUAAACAGAAACUUUAAAGCAUCACCAACAGAUUGUGGAUUAGUUCACAUGCACAAAUAUAAACACACACACACACACACACACUAAUUAGAAUGCACACACAAAACAUAGCUAAAUUAGAAACCACAAUUUUCAAUUUUAUAUAAUUACUAAUUAUUAAUGGGUAAAUUUCAUUUUUCUUUUAAUAUUUAAAAUAUACUCUCUAUGCCCCGGAAAUACGUUAAUAGAAGUUAACAAUUGUGUGUCAUGCCUCGAUUUAACAUUUUUGGCAAACCCAAAAUCCUUUUGACUCACAUCUACAUUAGCAGUUAUUAGUUGACUUUUACUAAUAGAUACACCUUUAUGAUGGUGUUUUUGUAGAAACAUAAGUAGUCAAAUAGUGGCAUUUCUUGCAGUUUUGUACAGUAUUUCAGUAUAGUGCAUAAAUAAGUAUGUUCAUAAAAUCAAUAAAAGAAGUAUCUUAUGGAAAUAAGCAAAAUCACAACAAAAAUUGCUCUUCCUUUGCCUCGUUUAAAUUUAUUUUUUCAUUUUCUUUGUUUUAACGUGAUUCUAUUAUGUGCUUUGCAUGACUGUAUUAAUACCAAGGUCACAAAUGCAUCUUAUUAAUAGAAUUUGCCGUGAAGACAGGCUUGACGUUAAAAGUUCCCUCACAAAAGGUAAUCCAUAAUCCAUAAUAAAAUAAAAUUGUUACAUGA